ACUACAACUCCCAGUAAUGCAUUGCGGCGGCCCCUGAGCUCCCCGGGCCCCUGAGCAGGGCAGAGAAGCUGUGUGUAGGGUUGCUGCCCGGGGGCAGGUGGGUAUGAAGCGGGUCCCCUGUGCCCUCCCCGGGGGUGUCUACUAGUCUCCUCCUACUUCCUGUCCUCCUCACGGCGACAAUAAGACGGGCUGCCCUGGCUGCAGGAGGCAGCAUGUCUGAGCAAGGUACAUGAUGCCUCGGUGCCGGGCUCCCGGCUGCAGAAAUGGUUGUGGGAUUCCGGACGCGUCGGUCACGUUCCACGCCUUUCCGGACGUGGCGGAGGCAGCCGAGCGCUGGGCGGCCCUCUGCGGACUGUCGGGCCGGGAUCUUACGCACCUGGCUGAGGACGCGGCGCGCGGUGACGCCGGGAAGCCCCACCUCUGCUCCCUGCACUUCCAGAGCGACGCGUUCGAGACCAACGAGGGGAGAGCGGAGCGCACGCUGCGCCGGGGAGCGGAGCCCUCACUCUGCCUGAGUGCGCCCUCCACUCGCCACGAUGAGAAGGAAGAAACUCCAGACCGUCGGCAUCCUUCCCGCUCGCCAUCCGCCACGUGCUGCUCCUGCGCGUCACGCUGCGUCACGCAGACCGUGCUCCACGGCUUCCACCGGAAUCAGAUCGUUCUCAAUUUCCGCGAGCAGAACGGCCGGCUGAUGUUUGAUACGGUCCAGUGUGUGACGCCUUCCUGCCCCCAGCGUGCCGAGUCCUACCCCGGUGCCCAGCAUUCAGCCCAGCGGGCCGAGUCCUGCCCCGGUGCCCAGCAUCCAGCCCAGCGUGCCGAGUCCUGCCCCGGUGCCCAGCAUCCAGCCCAGUUUGUGAAGCAUUCCUGCCCCCAGCGGGCCGAGUCCUGCCCCCAGCGGGCCGGGUCCUGCCCCCAGCGGGCCGGGUCCUGCCCCCAGCGGGCCGAGUCCUGCCCCCAGCGGGCCGGGUCCUGCCCCGGUGCCCAGCAUCCAACCCAACAUGCCGAGUCCUGCCCCGGCUCCCAGCAUCCAGCCCAGUGUGUGACGCCUUCCUGCUCCCAGCAUGCCGAGUCCUGCCCCGGUGCCCAUCAUCAAGCCCAGUGUGUGACGCCUUCCUGCCCCCAGCGGGCCGAGUCCUGCCGCGGCGCCCAGCAUGCAGGGUCCUGUCGGGGUUCCCGGCACCCAGCCCAGGGUGGAGGCUCCUGCCUCGUGUCCCAGCAGAUUGUCCUCGUCUUCCUGGAGCCCCCGAAUGAGUUACCCGGGACAGACCCCCCCAGACUGCCUCAGGAACCCCCCCUCCGCGUGACGAGCAGCACCCAGACCGAAAUAACGGGGAGGCCGGCCAUGUUCACUGAUCCACAGCCCCGCUGGGUCAGACACAACAGCCCCCCGGCCACGCGUCAGGAGCCCCCCAGGACUCUGAGCUCCAACUCCCCGUCAGAGUACGUCACAGACCUGCUGGGGCAGCACAAACCUUCACCCCGUGAGACUUUACCCAGUCCCUACCCAGCCUGUGCCCCCCACGGACCCUGCAGCCGCUCCCAGCCUUUCAUCAAACAGAUAGUCCUUAAUUUCCUGGAGGGGCAGAAUAAGCUGCCUCCGUCUGGUGUCUCGAGCCCCGAGACUCCCCGAGACCGAUCACCCCCAGAGAGCUCCUGCUGCCGGUCCAGAGACCCCCAGGCCAGCGAUGAACGUUUACAGGAGAGACUCAGGAAACCCGCAGGAGCAAAAACCCUGCUGCGCCACCCAGAGAGCCCCCCGGGGCGUCACGGCACUCGGCCUCCUGAGACGGCCCCCCUGACGCCGAUAAGCCAGGAAGAUGUCGGGUCUCUGGUGCCAAAAAUCGCUGCCGUUCCUCCUGUCUCAGAGCCCCAGCCGUCCAGCAGUGGCCCCCGCGCGCCUCCGGAUCUCGGGGGCCUGCUGAUGUUUGAGGACAUCGCGGUGUAUUUCUCUGAGGACGAGUGGCGCAUGUUGGACGGCAGUCAGAAGGCUCUGUACCGGGAGGUGAUGAUGGACGGUUACCGGACGCUGCUCUCUCUGGGACUCUCGCUGGAGAAGCCUGAUCUGGUCUCGCGCAUCGAGCGGGGGCAGCUGGACCUCUGGGAAAACGCGGCCCCUCCAGGGGAGGAUCGCUGGUGCUCCUUAGACGCGGAUACAGAGCGGAGUCGUUUUGUGAUUGGAGAAGACGAGCAGAAGCCUCUCUGCGUAACAGACAGAGUCUCUGCAGAGAGGAACAGCCACCUCGGUGCCUUGAUGAAGCUGGUGAAUGAGAUUCCAGGAUUCCUGCUGGGCGGCUCGGUCACCGACGGGAUCUCCUCCCCAGGAGCCAAUCCGGUGGAUCCCGAGUUUUCUGAAAUUAAAAGCGAGGAUCGAUCCCCCGUCUGCUCGCCGUCACCCGCUUGUCUUCGGCAUCUGAGAGAGACGCCGAGUGUGGAUCCUUCCAGCCCGAGGAGCUCCGGGGAGACGGAGCGGCGUCCCCGAAAAGCCGAGGAUGAUAAAGCAGGCAGGUCCCGUGGGGGGCCCAAUGGGUCGGGGGUCGCAGAUCGCUGUAACCUCCUGGGACUCGCUUUAACGAGCGGGGAGAGCGCAGGAUUAACAUGGAGAGGGCAGGCCGCGGAGAACUCAGAGGUCGCUAUAGAUGCCGCCUUCACACAAAUGAUUCCGUCCAAUAGCAGCUGGGGUCUGUCCUUCGGGGACCCGAUCCCCAGGCGCAGAGACCUAGAACCGAGCGUUAAAGAGGAGUCCCCACCUUGCAGUCCCAACCCGCGGCUCGGACCCCCUCGCGUUCCAUCAAAAACUUCACACCAUCCAUGUUCCGAGGAGACCGCCGAGGACGUCGGCACGAGACGCUCACCUGAAGGGAGCGCGAGUCCCCGACGGCCGGCGAACCUCCCCGACAGCCAAUGGAGGGGCUACAAGAAAGUGAAGAUUAAACAAGAGGAGUCCGGAGGGGACUGCAGCUUCCCUGCGGCGUCCACCAGACCAGCAGCACCGCCAGCAUCUCUCCUGCACCAAGACAAGGAUACCCGGAGACCCGGAGCGUCGCCUCGGCCGCCCCCCGCGGACAACACGCUGCUGGGAAACUCUCAUCUGCACGGCUUGGUGAACUGUUUGAAAGAGAUUUCAGCAGGCAGACCGCAUCCUUACAGCGGCUCCUCUGCGCAUGCGCGAUGGGGCGCGGAGACAAGCAACAUCUGUACAGAUGAUGCUGUCCGAGGGGCCGCAGUCUCCCAUCCGUGUGAAUCCUCUCAGCCUCGGCCCAACCCUUUCGCUGCAGCCGUCACCAAUGGCGCUUCCCGACUAAACUGCGCGGAGCGUAGGACGCCAGAGACCUGGAACCCGCCCCCCGGCAGAAAUGAUUUCCGGCGGUGCGGCUCGCUGCUCUCUGGGACGGGGAAGCGUUUCGGUAACGCGCAUGGAGCCGACGGGUCCCAAGGGGCCGAGGAGACGCGGAGAGCGGAUCAGGGAACGAAAAGGCCACGUUCUGACGAUUCACCGCGUCCCCCCGGCACGGUGAAUAACGGGAAGAGGGUACUUCUGGAAGCCGCCAGCCCGUCCCACCGUGCCACCAGCAGCUCUCCUGGGCUCCGUGACGUGUGGCGCCCCCCGGAGGAGUCGGCGAAACCCACCAGCGAUGAGAACCCGUCUGGAAAGUCACAUUCGAUGAGUGUGGGGGGUCUGGUGAAGAAGAUCCCCUCUUACAGGAACAACCCCCCUGCCACGUCUCCGUGCGACUCCACCGGGGGCACCGCGGCCACGCCGAGUCCGAUCGGCACAGAGAUGGACCUCCGCAGAACCUCCGACCAAGGGGCCAGCGCGGGAAUAAAGACCAAAGAUAUCAAAGUGGAGGUAAAGGAGGAGAGGAGUCCGUCGCCACCGACGUCCAUCCGGUGGGCACAGCCUGACGGCCCCAGAGGUCCUUCUGCCACCAACAUCCAUCUCACUGGUCUCAUGAGGCUCAUGGAGGAGAUCCCAAGGUCAGAUUCCAGCUCCAGGGCCAUGUACCGGAUCGCCGUGGGCCACGCGGAGGCCAGGGGCCCCGAACGGACCAACCACUCACCUUAUCUUAACGAUGACGGCCAUUUCCGCCCGGAGUCCAGCGAUAACACGGCCGCGUCGGUGGACUCUGUCUUCAGCGAUGACACCAGUUGGUCCUCGGAGAACGAUCCCUCGUACUCCGCGCUGGACGGGCUGCAGAAGGUUGUGAGCGAGUUCGUGGAGCUCGGGUCGGUCAGUCCCCUCGUGGCGGUCGGCGCUCCUCCGGUCACCGGCCCCGCCCAGGAGGAGAGCGGACACCGGAAGAGCAAAGACCUCGCUGGGCGCUCCCCGCGAAUCGGCGAUAAAGAGAGGGGGUCUGCGAGGGACCCCGCGGUGACCGGGCGCACCGGCUGCGCUGCCGAGGACGGAAAAGCCUCGUAUGCAGCGCUCUGCGGUUUGGAAAAGGUGGUCCACGGAUUCUCAGAGCAGGAAUGCGUCAGCCCACUCUCAGCCGUCAGGAGGCCCAGCGUGCAAGAAAACCCGGCCAGGCGGCACGCGGAUCCGGAUGACGGCGCCGGCCCGACGUACUCUGCCCUCGGCGGCCUGCAGAAGGUGCUGAACGGCUUCUCCGAGAUCGGCUGCAUCAGCCCGUUCUCUGCGGUCAGCGCCACGGCCGGCGACGGAGCAUCGGAGGCGAGGAGGAGGAACGAGGCGGCGCCGGCCGACUCCUCGUACUCCGCGCUCACAGAACUCCAGAAGGUGCUGAGUGGGGUCCCGGACUCUGGAUGCGCGAGUCUCCUGCCAACCGCCACUAACCCUCCGAGUGACGGCGAUCCGGAUGCCAGGGGGAAAAGGAAGCGUGAGCCCAGCGUGGAGGCCAAGUCGGACAUCGGAGGCGCCUCUGAGCCUCGUGGUGGGACGGUGGUCUUGGGGCCCCGUGGCCCCUGCAUUGAUCUGACGCAGGAGGAGCCGAUCUGCCUUAAAACCAGCACUCCGACCGUGGACCGGCAGCCGAGGCUCAGGCCCAGGGAAGGUAACCCCGUGCGCCCUAGGGCCAUAUCUGCUUAG